AUGCAGGUCUCGCGGAUGCACCACGGCACCCUGCAUGUGGCCAGCUUUGCUCUGCUGACUGUCGGCUGGAUCAUGUGCACCACGGCCAUGGGCUUUGCCGAGUGGCGGAUAUGGCACAUGAACAAUCCCCAAGGCCUGGCCCUGGUGGGCAUGUGGAAAGUCUGCAUCUACCAAGUGCCACGCACCCACGUCUCACCUUUCUGCCAGCGCUAUCCCUUCUUCGACAGUUACCUUCCUCCUCCCCUUCACAGUGUCCAGUACCUCCUGCUCCUUGGCAACUUGGUGGGGCUCCUGGGAAAGGUCUCCCUCACCAUGGCUCUGAGGAAUGUGUUCAUGGGGAAGACAACCAACACGAAGAAUUAUUUUCUGAUGUCCGGGUUUUUUUCCACCUUCACGAGCAUCUGUCUGGCCCUGUCUGUCAUCUACACUCAUCAAGCCGUAAACAGCGAGGAGGGCAUUCUCUUCCCGCCAUCGUUUUUAAUGCCCACCAGGCCCAACUCACAGGAACUCGGCAAUGCGGUUUUGAUAGCGUCCGUGGCAGCCUUCAUGAUGUUGCUGAGUGGUUUGCUUUCUGUUUUACAAAAAAUCCCCUGA